AUGCGAGUCUUACUUCUAUUUGUAGUGAUUGGUUAUUUGUUAAGCUACGCCGCUGCCUCGGCUGCUAUCGAUGCCGGCACGACAGGCGUCGUGAAGGAGAACUCGGAAGUUGGACUCUUGUCUUAUGCGAUAGCUGGCGGUGACAAGCAAGUCAAGCGAUCUCUACGUCUCGAUAAUCACGACGAGCUGGCCAAACUCGAUUCCAAAGAUGAGGAAAGAGUCCCCAGUGGCAUGGUGGACGACGUCGUAGCGAAGGUGGGGCAGAGCAAGUUGAAUGAUUUGAUCAAGAAGAACCUCGACGAAUUUGCCGGCUUUGCAGCCCAAGGAAAGAAGCUGUUGGGCAAAAGCUCAGAAGCUACGAAAAACUGGGGCAAAUUGAAAGCUUCAGUGCUAAGGGGAAAACUCAAGCCUGCCUACGAAUAUGCCGACCAGUUAAGCCUCUCAACUCUGCAGCAGUUGGACGAAAUCCAAAAGCUGAGGAAGGUGGAUAUUAAAAACGGCGUGAAGGGAAGUAAGAAGACACCUGAUGGAAUGCGCAGGAAAUUUGCUACCUCUAACCCCCCUAAAGAGAGGAUACUUCCAAAAGAAGAGUAUUUGGUGUCCCACGUAAGCCGCGACAAGCAACGUUAUGGCAAAGACGGCAGCCGACUCUUGUCGGCAGGCGUGGUUACGCGGACUAACGAGCAAGGCCAGCUUCAGAUCCUCUUGAUUUCGAGCUCGAAUCCGAAUAAACACGACUUUUUACUACCCAAAGGUGGGUGGGACAAGGGCGAGAAUAUCAAGAAAGCGGCUCUGCGUGAGGUCAUCGAAGAAGGAGGAGUGAAUGCACAACUAGCGCACGGUCUGGGAAAAGUGAAAUUCAAAGAAGGGGAAGAUAAGUAUACCUACUUCGCUUACUUGAUGAAAAGCAACCAAAUUUAUGACGACUGGUCCGAGAGUAUUCGCUAUCGUGUAUGGGUUACUCCGGAUGAAGCGAUCGUAAUGCUCCAAAACCGCCCCCACAUGCAAGAAGUGGUGAAAAGAGCGAAAGCCAUGCAGAACAAAAUCACAGCUGGAAUAAAACCCGAGCUCAACCCCGACCUAGCAAAAGUCAAGCUUGAUUGA